GCGCAGCCAGUCAGACGUGAGGGAUGUGCGCAGCGCCGCACGCAAACACUUCCGAACGUGCGCGUUCGUAACAAAAUGACAAUAUAGUGCUUCAGUUUUUUAUUUGCUUGAAACGAUACUGUGUCUUAUAAAGUGCCAAUAAGAGUUGCCUUCAAGUGUUCACAACCGAUGCAAAGGAUUGUUUUACUCAAGUUUUUAAUUGGAUUUGACUUAAGGAUAUAGAGAUGUCGAGUUUCACGACUACAGGAGAUGCAACGCAGGCUGCAGUUAAAGAUCGUAUAUUAGAGCGAGAUGCUGGCUUCGUGUCGGGCGGCGACGAUGACGACUCGUGCUCGGGCCCAGCUCAUUCCGACGACUCUGGAGUCCGGCUCGUUGAGUCCGACUCCAGGGUCAAGCGCCCGCGCACGCCCACCCGCCUCCAACCCCCCAAGAAACGCAUCCGACUCAACUCCAGAGAAGACCUACCGAGCCCCGAGAGCGACACAUCAGCCAGCCCCUUCAGACCUUGGUCCUUCACCGAGGAACCACAAAGAGAACCUCUGUCUUUAGUUAAAAAAGAGACCAGCUUAUUGAGACAAAGACGGAGGCCUUUAGAGCCGCCCCCACCACCAAUCCCACCACCGCCACCACCGCCCGGCCCUCCAAGAGUACCCCCUCACCCAGGAGUCGUAGAGCCCAGUCCAUACCAGGAUAAAGGCAAGCCUAGGGAACAGAGGAACUACAAGAAUAUGACGAGAGAGAGGCGGAUAGAGGCGAACGCGAGGGAGAGGACGAGAGUGCACACCAUCAGUGCUGCCUUCGACACGCUGAGGCGGUCAGUCCCCGCGUAUAGUCACAACCAGAAACUGUCAAAACUAUCGGUGUUACGGAUAGCGUGCGCGUACAUCGCCGCUCUGUCAGCAGCCAUAGACCCCGAGGCUGAUCUGACGUCGGCAGUGGAUCAAGUCACGCACACAAUUCACACCGAAGGAAAGUUAAGAAAGAAGAAAGACGAUGCGUAAAGCGUAUGGACUGAAGUGAACGAAUUAAACUUUUACACAACCGUAAUCGGUUUCUAGAUUGUUCGGUGAUGUGCUUGUGGUGAUAUUUCUACGCCUACGUUUUUAAUAUUCUUGAUUUGUUUGGACAAUAUUAACAGUUAUACAGGAGACUUUAUUCCUAAAAUUUAAUAUAAAGUUAGCAGAAGUCUGAGACCGAUUAGGGUGACCAAGUUUCAAUUAAAACCGUCCUGCGAAGCUUAGUAUUAUGCGGUAAGCUAGUACAAAAACGACAAUAAUAUUGGUAAUGGAAGAUAAAAUGUUAUAAAAUUAUGUACCUAGUUAUAUAAAAACUCCUGUAAAAUGAUUGAGAGAAGAACCAGGCAAAUUAGAUAUUGUGAUAAUAACCAAGCGCAUUAAAAUGUGAAUCUCAAAGAGCCUGGAGUUGUAUGGACUUUGAUUAUUAUUAUAAGUAGUCAAGACUAAAAAAAAACAUUAAAAUUUCAUAGUAUUCAUGGAACUAAGACAUGUAUCCUGUAUUUUCAUCAAAGAUACGUGCCGAUUCUCGUUGAAGUCAAAACGUUAACGACUUCAUAAUGUUAAAAAAUCGGCCCAGUACAAAUUAUAAUGUUCCUAUUUCAUCUCCGUUCAUCUUAGACAGAUCUCGGGUUUAAACGAUUCCUACUAAUUAAUUAAUAAUGUUAAAAAAAUAAAGACAGGACUGACAUUGCUUAUGGUUGUCAUGUUCCAAGUAAGCAGGAAAUAAGAAAAAAAAACUGUAGAGUAUCCACCCAUAGACAAAUAUUUUGGGUAGUAAAUCGAAUGAGUUUCUUAUUCAUGUUUACCAUUCCUGAGUCCAGUAUUAAAAUAAGGAAUGAUGAUAAUGAAAAUUAUGUAAAAAUUGUGUAUUUAUGGCUUUAAUACGAUAUAUUUAUUACAAUCGAGUCAGUAAUUUAAGUGAGAACUGUAUAAUUUUAUUUAGUGUAAGAAAAAUGUUGCAUUUUGUAAAUAGUAGGUUAAAAUGUAAAUAUGGUAAUCGAUGUUUUGUUUGGUAGACAAAAGUUUUGUCAAGGCAUUCUAUUCUGAUUAAAAAUAGUUAUCUUCUACACUUGUGACGAUUUUACCAAAUAAAUAAUUCUGUGAGUGUUUCCUUUUAUAAAUUUAAUUCAUUUUUUUUCGAACUUAUACUUAAUAUAAUGUAGACAAAUAAAAAUGCCUUGAUCCUGUAUUGUGAUACAAUUAUUGUAAAUAAAAUAAUUAUAAGAUAACAUCACAUUUGUUGAGUCUGACAAAAAAUCAUAAGCUUGAACUGAUGAUUAUGAAAAUUACAGUCAUUGUUAAAUUAUCCGAUGUUUUUUGUUACUUUUCAAAUUAUAAAAAAAUAAAUUUUUGCGAGAAUUUUAAAUUACCUACAGAUUUUUAAUGAAAUGCUUAGUAACAGAAAAUAUCCUAUGUACAGUUUCCGAUGGUGCAUUAUUAAUUGAAAUAUAUAAUUAGAAAUAACGCAGAAAAUAAAAGAAGUGAAGUACACAAUUAAA